CGGGGUAGCUCUCGCCACAGACCCUGCCACUGAGGACAUGGAAGCUAUGUGGCUGGUGAAGGCACUUUUCUGAUUAAGCACGUGACCUCGUGACUGCUGACAUAACGCUACUACCUGCACGGGCCAAGCAAAGUCAAGCAGCAAGUAUCAAAAAAGUCGCGAAGCUUGAGCUCCACUACAACUGCCAUUGGAAGGUGGAAGCACAUGUAGGCGCCAGAACUGGUGCCCUCCCGGUCAUACAAAAUGAACUCAUCAACGCCAUUGACCUCUCUUCUUCGCUUCUCGGUCGGUAUCUCGCGCAUUGGCGUUCGCAAUGAGACCACUUGGGCCAGGUAUCGCCCGGAUGAGGCCAGGAAGCGGUUCCGCCACAAGAAGAUGGAUGAGGCUGGUUUCAGUGAAAGCCAUGGCGAGGAAUUAUGGGUUUUCAACCAUUUGACUACAGACCAGAUCAUAUACUCUACAAAGCCUGUGUUUGACCACAACCGAGCAUUAAAACAACUACCAUUCAACGGGAAGAAGUCCAAGCCGGCGAAGCUGCGAAAGGAUUACUGGAAGCCCAUGGCCAAGAUACGAUUUCCCAAAGGCGAGGGCGAGGUCGGACGUUCUGUCUUUCAAGCAUUGCGCGAGUUAAAGCGGCGACACGAGCUUGAAUGGGGAUAUCAAUCAGAGUCUCUCUACAACCAGAGCCGCCCGGAUCGCGCCAAAGAGCUCAACCGUCAGAAGGCCAAUGCCAUUGCCGACAUGGCCGCCGUGUUGGGAGGUGCUGGCAAGGGUAACCUGAUUCAGCACACCAUUGUACAGGUGACGCCAAGGACCGAGAAGGGUGCAGAACCCAUUACCAAACUGAAAGUGGUGCCGGCCACCGUUUUCUGGGCUAACAAACACGACCCGGAAUUUGCAGCGAGCUGGCCUGAGAACGUCAAACACAGAUUAGGAAACUUGGAAAUGACGCGCAGUGAGGAAGCUGAGCUGCUUGUGGAGGAGCAGCAAGCUGCAGAGGAUAAAUGAGCAUAGUUGGAGGCAGUGGAGGCUUGAGCCAACGUCAAAGUCCAAAGUGCAAAACGCGAGGGGACCUGUCUGUUUGGCCGCCAGUGCGUCACCAAAACCAGGAACUGGAUCAUCAACGGACGUUGAAUGCAGCAUUAGCAAAAGUCGCGACCCUACGAGGAACCACACAGGCCAAGUCUCAAAAACUACGUGUAUACUAUUGUACAUAUCAGCGUGUACAACAGGGAUUAUUUUUAUUCAUUUCACGAAAAUCAGCCAUUCUAGAUAACCAAAACGUUA